AUGGCAAGCACCUACCGUCGCCGCCGCAUCGUUUGGUCCUUCAUCUUCCUCGCAGGGUGCGCCCUCUUCUACGUAAGCACCCACGACAUCUCCUCCUGGUCCAUCCCCGCCUCGCUCAAAGACCUCGGCUUCUCCCCGUCGUCCUCCCGCGCCGGUCAGGUUGCCAUCGCCAAAUUGAAGGACAUCGCCCAGCGCCAGCCUGUCGACGAGGUCCAGGGCCUCCUCUACUUCGUCACUCAGUACACCGAUCGCAGGCUCGUUGAAGACGACGGGCUCAUCGCUGUCGAGGGCCUCGGUCGCGUCGCGGUCGACCCGGAGGACAAAGUCGACCUCCGUGUGUAUGCGCCAGAUGGGGACGACAAGUGGGAGAGUCACUUGAGGGUGCUGACGGAGGAGUAUCCGCUCGUGGUGUUUAGCAAGACCUACUGCCCGUUCUCCCAGAGAGCAAAAGCUUUGCUCGGAAGCUAUGCUAUAAACCCUUCUCCAUUCGUUGUCGAACUGAACACGCGGUCCGACGGGCCCGUCCUCCAAAAAAUUCUAGCCCGAGUGACGGGACGGCGCACUGUCCCAAAUGUCCUCCUUCAUGGCAAAUCCAUCGGUGGAUCGGAUGAUAUCCACGCAUUACACGAGUCCCACCAGCUGAAGAGAAUUCUGGAGGAAGCAGGAUUAGAGGUGAAUGGACCGGUGGUUGAUUCUCAAGCUGAUACCAUAUAA